UAUCCACGAACACCCAAGAAAAAGGAUCAAACAACACACAGUAUGACCUCUCAGGAUGCAAUUGAACGCUUGGUGAAGAAAGUCAUUGUCACACAUGGAACCAUUGUCACGCAGAAGGCCAAUCCCAGACCAAAGCGUCUCCGCACUUCCCCCAUAGAUCAUUACUACAUCGCCAAGUAUUCUCGUGAAAGCUUUGAUCUCACAGCUUGGUUAGUAGAUUUGGCCAAUGAUCCAGCAGUUAAGAACUUCAUCCCUCGCCUGAAAGACCAUUUGCUUGCCCGCCUCCGUGAGCUUGAAUAUAAUGGUGAUGAAUACAACUUUUCCGAUGAAGACCGCGACUCUGUCCUCAUUGGUGAGAACAAGCUAUUCCAGCAUAGCACAUUG